AUGGCAGUUUCAUCAGAGCAGCUUACGAUUAAACCGACUUCCGGGUCGCCCUACCAACUGAAUAAUGAGCAGGUGAAUCGAGCUUCCACAGCACUUCUGCGGCACAUAAAAAGCGAAGAGAAGAAAAGAGCAGAGGAGUCGACGGUUAAAAAACUGCCACUCGAUGGAGGUAGCGAUUCUGAAAACGAGGAUGAAAUCGGCGAUGAUGUUCCAGUUUGGCUUGUUCUCACGACGAAAAAGCACAUUGUGGACAAGAAUCGUCUGAAGCCGGGAAAAAUAACCGUGCCACAUCCCCUAAACCCAGUAUCCUCGCUUAAUAUCUGCUUGAUCACUGCGGAUCCGCAACGAGCCGUGAAGGAUGCGAUUGCCGACGAGGCAUUCCCUAAAUCGCUAUCGACUCAGAUUACAAAAGUGAUAGGUUUUACGAAACUAAAGGAACGGUAUAAGAGUUUUGAAAGCCGGCGCAAGUUUUUAUCGGAACAUGAUGUGUUUCUAGCGGAUAACCGGAUUAUAUUGCGACUGAUUCAGGUGCUGGGAAAGACCUUUUUCAAAUCGAACAAAAGACCGAUUCCAGUAGUCAUUGAGGAAGUUCAGAAAUCAAACGGGAAACGACUGAAGAAGGAUGAGAGGAAGAGACCUCCUCCAGGUGAAAAGUACGCUUCUGUGGCAUCUCCCGAGGUCAUCGCAAAGGAGAUCGGCAAGGCUCUAAAUUGCGUUCCUGUGCAUCUGGCUCCAUCCACAACAGCUGCCAUUCGUGUUGGAUCUUCCCGGUUCACGCCUCAGCAGAUUGCAGAAAAUAUCGAAGCGGUGGUACAGGGCAUGGUCGAUAAAUAUGUCACGAAGGGAUGGAGAAAUAUCAAGGCGAUUCACUUAAAAGGGGCUACUACUAUGGCUUUGCCAAUCUGGCUGGCAAGUGAAUUGUGGGUCGAGGAUGGUGAUGUCCGCGAAAACGAGGAGGAAGGAGAGACGAAAGCGAUCGAGGGAUCUAAAAAAUCAAACAAGAAGAGAAAGACAAUCAAGGAGACUGAUGCUUCGGAUUCGAAGAAGCGCAAGGUGACGGAGGAGGGUGAUGAUGAAGCAGAACUUAUUGCUUCCAAAAAGCAAAAGCUGAAGGCGCAAAAGGCGAAGGCACGGGCGGAAAGUUGA